UAGCGGAAAUGACGCGUGCUUCAACAUGGCGACGCGCACAGGCUCCUGCGUGUGCACGCAACGCUUUACUGUAACCUUGCAACUGUCACCUGCUGCUCUGCAAAUUUAAUAAGUAAAAUAAAUGUCAUUUGGACGCGUUGUGAACACUGUCAUAACUGUCUCGACUGGAGUUAUCGUGGAUUAAUAGAAUGACUACUGCGUGUAUAUCGGUUAAUCGAGAAGUGAAGGGUUCGUGUUUUGCUGGUUGCUGAAAGCUAGUUUCCGUCAUUCAUGAACCCUUGCAUUAAGGAAUGUGGAACCUAAACUAUUUAAAAUUCAUAGAUCAGGGGCGUUUGCUCUCUCAAGGACUUUGCAGCAACUGCAUAGCACGUCUUCGUCAAAGCGGCGCCAGCCAUAGAGGAGUCUUAUUUGUGUUAAGCAGAGAUAAAUCUUGUGCAACUCAAAUACAACCUUCUUCAAAACCGCCCUGGAGAGUUUUGUUCUUCGGAACUGAUGAUUUUGCACUGCAAUCACUGAAACGCCUUCAUGUUUCUCGAGAUGACACAAAAGCCGGGGUCAUAAGAUCACUUGAGGUUGUAACGCUGUCCAGAGAUGCUCCAGUCAGGAAGUAUGCGGAGCAGCACAGGCUCCCUCUUCACCACUGGCCAGAUGUGGACUUCAGUGCGCAGUUUGAUGUUGGUGUGGUGGUGUCAUUUGGCUGUUUAAUCAAGGAGAACAUCAUCAACAAAAUGCCAUACGGGAUCCUGAAUGUGCACCCUAGUUUGUUGCCACGCUGGCGGGGUCCUGCUCCGAUAUAUCAUACGAUUCUACACGGUGACAGUGUCACAGGAGUGACUGUCAUGCAAAUAAGACCUAAGAGAUACGACGUGGGCCCUAUUCUUCAACAAGAGCUGUAUGAAGUUCCAAAGAACUGCACUGCUAAUGAGCUCGGGGCCACUUUAGCAGUUGUGGGUUCUGAAAUGUUGAUGGACACUCUAAAACAUCUACCAGAAAGGAUAGCAAACGGAAAGGAGCAGCCUAAGGAGGGAGUAUCAUUUGCUCCUAAAAUCAGUUCCAAUAUAGCGUGGAUAAUAUGGGAAGAGCACAGCUGUGACUACAUUGAUCGACUGUUUCGAGCUAUUGGACUUCAGAUUCCAUUAAAAACGAUAUGGAUGGGCAAUACCAUCAAACUUCUGGACUUUGUUGGCAAAUGCAAUAUGUCGUUUACAGCUGCUCCUUAUUUAUCUUCAGUGCCGGGGUCUGUCCAUUAUCAAAAGGAAUCCAAUACUCUACUGGUCCGCUGCAAGGAUGGAUGGGUUGGAUUCAAAGCAGUGAAUUUCAGGAAAAGGCUAUUAGCAGCAGAUUUUUUUAAUGGGUAUCUGCAUCAGAGUGUGCUGAAGAACUCUUCCUCCACAAACACCUGUCUGUUUCGGAGUUAUAAAGAGACUAAUGUUCCCGGAGGACAUGACAGUAACAAGCUACUGCGGAACAACACUUCAUUUUGAAGCCUGGCUUUAUUGCAAUAAUGUAAAAUAACAUAUAAUCAUAUAAAGUGUCACGUCACUGAAAACAUUUUGUCUGUUUUAAGACAGUGUUUUAUUUAAUAAUGGGCUGUAUGUUUGCAGAUGUCUGCACAUUUUUAUAGCCCUGACGUGGGUGAAUGUUAGUACAUUAAAAUUAUUUUGGAGAUGCUCAUUUAAA